AUGUUGCAGUGUCUCUCCGAGGGGCUGUUGGUGCUGGGGGCUGCUCUUCUCUGGCAGCCCUGCCAGGGCACCUGGAGCUGCGGGGAGCUGACCUGCGGCGAGCGGGAGAGCUGCUGUGACUAUGGCAAUGUCACCUACACGGAGAUCAAGUGCUGCAAGCUGCCUUUUCACACCUUCCUGGACAACGUCGGCUGGUUCGUGCGCAAGCUCUCGGGGCUGCUCAUCCUGCUGGUGCUCUUCGCCAUCGGCUACUUUCUGCAGCGCAUCAUCUGCCCCAGCCCCCGCCGGUACAACCGGCCGCAGCGCCAGGACUCCCCCGGCUCCCUGCUCAACGUGACGGCGGCCACCUCGCAGGACUCCCUGCUGGACAGCAGCAGCGGCAGCAGCAGCCGCUACCCGGGCGAGCAGGAGCCGCCGCUGCUGCCGGUGGGCUCCCCGAUCUUCCUGCAGCUGCCCAGCUACGAAGAGGUGAAGUAUUUGCCCACCUAUGAGGAGUCCAUGCGGCUGCAGCAGCAGAGCCCCAAAGAGAUCGUCCUGCCCGUGUCCAGCCUGGCCACGGCCGCAAGCAGAGAGCCGGAGAGGGCGGGAGGCAGAGCGCCCUGCAGCUGAGCCCCGCCACCCCGAGAGCCGUGGGGGAACAGAGGGAGUCCCAGAGGGGAGAGACUAGCCCAGUGCUGCCCCGAUGCACAGACACCCACUGCAGCAUCGCAGCAAGGACUCCCAGUCCCUUCUGCAAGCAGCCGCCUUGUACCUUUCCUUUCCCUUGCAAGCCAAACAGCCCGGCUGCUGCCGGGCGCGGGGCAGG